AUGGCCCGUGGAAAUCAAAGAGAACUUGCCCGCCAGAAAAACAUGAAGAAAACUCAAGAGAUUAGCAAGGGAAAAAGAAAAGAGGAUAGCUUGACUACGUCUCAGAGAAAGCAAAGGGAUUCUGAGAUCAUGCAACAGAAGCAGAAGGCAGCUAAUGAGAAGAAGUCUAUGCAGACAAGAGAAAAAUGAUGACUGGCUAAUUUGGAAAACCUGGGUGCUACUGCCAACUAGGUGUAUCAUAAUACACUCUUUAAGAUCAAGAUUUUGUAGAAUGAACAGUCAUUACCUGUGUUAUAACUUACCCUUAUAGAACGAUCUAUUUUAAACUUUACCUUUCAGCCUUAGUGUGAUGUUUUAGAACCAUUCUUUGAAAAAUAAAACACUAACCAUGCAUGUAACAUAUUGGUGAAUAUUAUUAUUUAUCACCAGUGAACAUUUAUAACAUUUGUUAGGUAAUGUUAUCAGAUAAGAGGAUCU